UCCAUAUGGGAAGCCUUGUAUAAUAUUUAGAGGGGAGGGGAGCGCCCCUAAGUCUUGUCAAUCAUUUUCACACACAAACCCCCAUCCCCAUUCUCACACAGUGAAAUCCAGCAGCUCGGCUGUACCACGGUGUAUUCCGGAGCAGCCGCACGAGAUUAAACAAGAGCCGCGACGGAUCUCUGGGUUCCCUUCUUGUGGUUUGGACAAAUCUGACACCAUCCACCGUUAUUUCAAGGUGGGGAAGGUAUAAGAUGAUCCCUCCCUAUGUCGUUGCUGGAGGCAGAUAGUAGAGCUGUUCCUAUGAUACAAAAGAAUGGCAUUCACCCACUCGCACAUCGUGGCAUCCAGGCGGCAUCCCCAGGGCCGGGUAUUAAUGGAAGUGGACGAGUACAGCUGUAACCCCACGCAAGCCUUUACUUUCUACAACAUCAACCAAGGACGUUUUCAGCCGCCGCACGUGCAGAUGGUGGACCCUGUGCCCCACGAUGCCCCCAAGCCUCCCGGCUACACCCGCUUUGUUUGUGUCUCCGACACCCAUUCCAGGACAGACCUCUUGCAGAUGCCAUACGGAGAUGUCUUAAUUCACGCCGGAGACUUCACUGAACUGGGGCUUCCGAGCGAAGUGAAGAAGUUUAAUGACUGGCUUGGAAGCCUUCCGUAUGAGUAUAAGAUUGUCAUCGCCGGAAAUCACGAACUGACGUUUGACCGCGAGUUCAUGGCCGACCUGAUUAAACAAGACUUUUAUUAUUUCCCUUCCGCGUCGAAGCUAAAGCCGGAGAAUUAUGAAAACGUCCAGUCCCUGCUAACCAACUGCAUUUAUCUGCAAGACUCCGAAGUUACCGUUAGGGGUUUCCGAAUAUACGGCUCCCCGUGGCAGCCUUGGUUCUACGGCUGGGGAUUUAACUUGCCCCGGGGUCAGGCCCUGUUAGACAAGUGGAACCUCAUACCCGAUGCCACCGACAUCCUCAUCACCCACGGACCCCCGCUAGGGUUCUUAGACUGGGUCCCCAAGAAACUGCAGCGAGUCGGCUGUGUGGAAUUGCUCAAUACAGUCCAGCGGAGGAUACAGCCCCGGCUCCAUGUAUUUGGUCAUAUUCAUGAAGGCUACGGAGUAAUGGCGGAUGGAACGACCACCUACGUGAACUCUUCCGUGUGCACUGUGAACUACCAGCCGGUAAAUCCCCCCAUAGUGAUCGACUUACCCACCCCCAGAAACACGUGAUUUCGCUGGAGCCUGUUUGAUAACGUGCCUGUGUGGAGAAUUCACAGGGAGGGGCAUGAUUGUGCCAUCGUUCGAAGGCGACGCGGAGCCAUUUUUAUAUCCGAGACGUUUGAUUGAUGGCUCCAAGUGAGGGAACAAUACCAGCACCAUCGGGGUCUGGAGAAAUAUUUAUAAAGACUCUGCUGUUAUGGGAUUAAUUAUCUUCCCUCCCAAAAAAUCUGCACCGUCUGCUUCACACAAAAGCGAAAUCACUCGCCAUUCUCCAGGAUAACAAUGGGACGCUAACGGAUUCUCUUUUAUUUUCUGCGAUUUGAAUGCGCUGCUUAGAAUGGCCGUUGUGUGCAUAACAAAUCAGAAAUCAGAAUAUUAUCAGCAUUCUGUGCCACCCUCCAUGCAGAUUUCAAAUAAACAGGGAAAUAUACAACUUACUGUCCCAGCCCAGAGGUGCCGCAGCCCUAUAUCAGUAAUGAUCCAGUUGCCCCAGCAGCUCUCCAUCUUGGAUCUUGUUUGGUGAGUCAGUGGCACUGCACAUGCUCAGUGGGAUGCUGCUGAGAAGCUGAGCUUAGGGGUCGGGGGAAAUCAUCCAGCAGAAAGUGAAGUUUAUCUGCCUUAGAAGCUGAUGCGACAGGGCUGGUUAUGAAUCAAUUCUGAUGCAGGCUGCACUGGUGUCUAGAUCAGGAGACAGGAGCAGACUGGAAGGAUAGGACAGGACAGUGUGGGCGUAGAAAGGGAGAAGACUUGAGAUCGGGAGUAGGAGACCUGGAGGAUUUGAUAGCAGGAAAGGAAAAGAUAAGGAUCAGGAUAGGCGGACAAGAUUCAGACAGGAGAAGGAGAGAUAGGUGCAAGGUAAGGUCAAGGCAAAGUCAGGUUUGGCAUGAGGAGCAGAGCAAGAUUCAGAAUAGCAAGGAAAGUAGGGCAGGCCAAGGUCAAGGCAAGGAAAGAUCACCGUCAAAGCAGGACUUGUACAAGAGUUGGAACAGGCAUAUGUGCAAAUCAAGGCAAGGUAAACAAGACAAGGUUCAGAGAAAGUCAGGACAAGACAGGGAAGGGUUCAGACAAGGAAAGGACACUAGAGCAGGAACCUUUAGCUAGGGAUAAUGCCAUACUUCUAGUAUAGGAACCAAUGCUCGGGCAAGAAGUGUUUGGAGGGCUGGCCUUAAAUAGAUCAGAGUCAGCCCUGAUUGGCUGACUGCAAACCAAUCAGGCUGCUGCUGGGCUAGGGCUGCAAAGGCCAUGUAACAUAUAGUCAGCAACCCUACAGCCUUGCCCAGUGGUUAAAGCAUCGAGCCAGAAACCCAAGGGUCCGUGGCUUGAAACCCAGCAGAGCCUGACAGUUAUAUUGUAUAUUUUAGGGAUGCACCAAAUCCACUAUUUGCGAUUCAUCCGAAUCCCCCAUGAAAGAUUACAGUUGAAUAUCGAACUGAAUCCUAAUUUGCAUCUGCAAAUUAGGGGUGGGAAAGCUACAGUGGAAAAAAAAU